GUCAAUUUCUUUAACUGUCUAUGGUCUUUGCUGCAAGUUGGACCCAUGCGAACUACAUUUCCCUUGGCUUUCUGCGCGUUUGGGGUUACGUAUGUUGGUCUCUUCACGCAGUCCAUCAUGCGGCAGCGAUAAUUGAACGACAGGCACAUUUGCGUGACCCCCAGGAUUAAGCGGUGCUGCCUGCAUUAAUGGUCAUAAUCAUAACACAAGUCUGUGGUUAAACAUCACAGCAGCACAAAGGAAGUGUGGAGGAGUAGAGGAUGAUAAUGCAGCGCUUCCUAAGUCAUGGUGCAUGGCGUAUGGCAGCUGCACGCCCAUUACUUGUAGGUGUCACCAUCCCUGAACCACCAGUAGCAUUUUGUUGCUGUGUCCUGCACCGGUCACUCCCACCAUCCACAGGCCGUCGCUGGCUUUCAACCUCAGCCUUAAGCAAGGCAGCACAUCAGCCAAAACACCAGCCACCACAAGAAGAACCACAGUCAAGCUCAAAACCUCAAGCACAGGAGAUCCAGAAAGGGGAAGCUAGGCUGGAUGCUGUCGAGGUAGACCCUUUGCAAGACAAGUCCAUCGGUCUGGUCCAGAGGUUUAAGAAGACCUUCAAACAGUAUGGGAAGGUGAUGAUCCCUGUACAUCUCCUGACGUCUUCAGUCUGGUUUGGAACCUUCUAUUACGCUGCUAUGAAAGGUGUGAAUGUAGUGCCCUUCCUGGAGAUGAUUGGUCUACCUGAGUCACUAGUUGGCCUUUUGAGAGACUCUUCCAGUGGUUACGCUCUGACUGCGUAUGCCAUGUACAAGAUUGCAACCCCUGCGAGAUAUACGGCAACUCUGGGCGGCACAUCACUUUCCGUUCAGUAUCUCCGCAAGCACGGCUACUUAUCAACACCACCGCCGGUUAAAGAAUACAUCCAGGACAAAAUGGAAGAGACAAAGGAGAAACUGACCGAAAAGAUGGAGGAGACAAAGGAGAGAUUUUCAGAGAAAAUGGAGGAAACAAAAGAACGAUUCUCUGAGAAAAUGGAAGAGACUAAGGACAAGCUUUCUGAAAAACUGCAGGAAACCAAAGAUAGAGUUUCAGAGAGUAAAGCAUUCUUUAGAAAGAAAAGCGAUUAGGGAAAACUGUUUUCAGAUGACGCCUCUGAAUAAAUCAUCCUAUUUUGAUCCAAACAAAUAAUCCGUAAGCUUGAGGAAAAUAACGGACUGCACUUGUGAGACUGUUCGCGAAGACAAGAGUUUGUACUAUCCUUGUCCUAAAGUUUAACAUCACACAUCUCAGUGAUAAGUUGUUGUCUUUUUGUGUCAAAUUCUUUCCUUCUCCAAACUCUGCCACAAUGCACUGUAAAUGUAGACCAGUGAUUCCCAACCUUUUUGUUCUUAGGUACCCUUUGUUACCACUAAUUUUAUCAUACAAGUAAACUGCAAAUAUUACCGUUAGUUUGGUCAGCAAUCAUACUACUAAUAGCCUGCUAAGGUACUACUUUUUCUACUACUUCAGUUAGCUGAAAGUAAUACUAAUGUAUUACUUUCAGCUAACUAUUUUAACCUAUUCCCAUUCAUUUUAGCUACUUCUGUGCCAGCUUGCUAACAAGUUUUCACACGCUCUUAAAUAUUUGCAACAGUGUUUAGGUGUUGACCUAAUGCUAAUAUGUUGAUCUUUUCUUUGAAUUAAAUCAUUAUUUCAAGGUAGUUCAGCUACUCUAAUCCUUCCAUUAACCCCCUUGAAACUGCAGAAGUACUCCUGGUUGGGAAUCAAGCAGCUUAGCAGGAUCCUGGUAAUAAUUCUUCAUUAUCUCAGACUGGAUUUCCACAGCCUCAAAAAAUCAUUGUCAGUGUAAAAAAAAGCAUUUACUUGUAUAUAAAAUAAAUCUUGACUCAAAUGGGAUCCUGUGUACUAGUCCAUCAAAGCCUUUCUGAUAUGCUGGGGACUCACUUUGUGUCUUUUCUAACGUAAAGCUAAAGAGUUUAUUUUAUAUCCUUUAGCUCAAGCUAAUAUUACAUUACUUUGGUGUCUGUACAACGUAAUGUAUUGACUGAAAGUUGUGUAUCAACACGUAAACAUGCAGCGGGAACAGCAACAGUAGAUAAAAAUGUCUCGGGUACUUCUGCACUAAAUACACAGUUCAGUAUUUAAAAUGGAUGUCUGGUUAAAAUCACAGCUGAAUAAAGUGAAAUGUUAAUCAAA